UUUUGCUCAGAAAAUUUUUCUCGUUAAUGACAUAUGACUUCUCUAAUCCUCAUAAUCCUGGUCCUAAUGCACCUAUGAAAUGGAUUCAAAUUGUUCUACAGCUGCUUCUUGGUACCUCUGCCAAUAGAACCCAAAGCCUUGCCCCCAAGAUACUUCUCGGCAUCGACUUCUAUGGAAAUGAUUUCUCCCUUUCAAGGGAUGCAGGUGGUGGAGCUAUUAUUGGGAGAGAUUACCUGGCACUUUUGGAGAAGCACAGGCCUGAACUGCAGUGGGAUAAGAAUAGUGGGGAGCAUUUUUUCUUUUACACUGACAACAAGGAUAUCAGGCAUGCGGUAUUCUAUCCAUCUUCGAAGUCAAUUUCUUUGCGGUCAGAGGAAGCUCGUUCACGGGGGUGUGGCAUCUCGAUCUGGGAAAUUGGCCAAGGCUUGGAUUAUUUUUUUUACCUUCUUUGAUAGCUCGUUAUGUGUACUCCUUUUGUGGCCCAUGUUAAUGUUUAUUCCUAAGUUGCAACUCGUAACUGUUGUGUAUUCAGUAUAAACGAAAAGUACUUCGGUUAAAUUGGGAUUUUUUUUUUCAGAAA